CUGGAUCACUCCCUCAGACUGGGAGUGCGCUGGAGCGCGUGAGCCGCCGCUGUGCUUCUUUUCCAUAAGCGUUUACCGAGCGGACCCAGCAUCAGCAUCGCCAUGAAUAUCUUAAAUACCGUCUUCAGAAUAUUCCGGAGAGAUCUACACUCUGUCGGAAUAAUUGGAGCACCUUUUGCCAAGGGACAGCCUAGGGAUGGUGUCCAACUUGGACCAGAUGUGAUUCGGGAAGCUGGACUGGUGAAGAAACUUGAAGGCCAAGGUUGUGUGGUGAAGGAUUAUGGUAAUCUAAUAUUUGAAGAAGUUUCCAAUGAUGAAGCCUUCAGGAGGACAAAGCAACCCCGGGCUGUUGGUCUUGCCAACAAACAGGUUGCUGAUGCUGUGCAGAGAGUUAAGAGUGAUGGCCACACCUGUGUGAUGCUUGGAGGAGAUCACAGUUUAGCAAUUGGUUCGAUCCAUGGGCAUGCAGCCUGCAGACCCAAGCUGAGUGUGGUCUGGGUGGAUGCCCAUGCUGAUAUUAACACACCUCUAACCAGUCCGACAGGAAACAUCCAUGGACAGCCCAUGUCCUACCUCAUCCAUGAGCUGUGCAAUAAGAUUCCUGUCAUGCCAAACUUCUCAUGGAUCAAGCCUUGCAUAGCAGCAAAAGAUGUAGUAUACAUUGGCCUCAGAGAUGUAGACCCAGAGGAACAUUACAUCCUGAAACACCUGGGUAUUAAAACUUUUUCUAUGACAGAGGUAGAUAGAUUUGGAAUUACCAAGGUUAUGGAACAGACAUGUGAUCACAUAUUUUCAAAAAUAAAAAAACCCAUCCACCUGAGUUAUGAUAUUGAUGCCCUGGACCCCUCGGUAGCACCAGCCACAGGGACCCCAGUGAUAGGAGGCCUGACAUACAGAGAGGGCAUCUACAUCACUGAGUAUGUGUAUCAAACAGGGCUGCUGUCUGCUCUUGAUGUUGUGGAGGUGAACCCAAAGCGAGCUAAAAGAGAGGAAGAGGUUCACAGAACAGCCAGUGCAGCAGUGGAUCUCGUGUUAGGCUGUUUUGGACGAGUGCGUGAAGGAUCACACCCAGCUGAUUACAAAAUCCCAGAACCAUAAGUGCAAAAGAUGAAAUUAAAUGCCACAAGAUUGAUUAUAAUAAAAAAAGUAGAACUUGACACAAACAGUGAAAAUAGAGAUGCUUCCACCACUAAGUCUAAUCAAUUUGUUACAAUUUUUUUUGCCUGCAAUUAAAUAUGUUGACCUUGACCCUGUAUGGUUCAAUUUGAAAAUCCAUUCAACUCAACUACAAAUUCUACAAAUCGACAACCACUCGUUCUUAAAACUAUGCUAAAAAGAAUCUUUUUUUUAAUUACUUGUUUUAUUCAAUUUCACAUAAAUGAAUGUUUAUUUCUCUUGUGGUGUUUCACUGAUGAUGGAUUGUGUAGGAAACUUUAAGAAAAUAAAAGCAUACAGACUGAUAAACAGA